AUGAAUGUACCUUUGAUAAAGAGGUUAACGUUUGCCGAUAGUUUGGAAAGUCCCUUGCACCAAACAUUCUGGGAUGGUGCAUUGCCCUUCCUCAACAAGUUGCGGGCUAGUCAUCCAAACAUUGUUAUCUCAUACGUCAUGUUAUCAACUCCACAACAAAGAUCAUUAUGUCAUGUGCCUUUGAAUGGACUCAGUAUCUACUUUAACCAAGAUGAGGAUUCUGCAGAGGACAUCAUUGAUAUCAAUUCAGUUGUUGGCACAUCAUUCUUCCCCAAGACACUAGACACACUACUAUUGUAUAGUGAUUAUGCGAUGCCCCUCGACAACUCCACAGACCUCUCUGGCCUCACUCACCUCACUACUCUGUUUCUAUCAAACAUGUGCCAUCCACUCAAUGGAGACCGUCUGCCCCGCUCACUCACAGGUCUUGAGCUGAGCUCAAACUUUGACCAACCCGUGACCAACCUGCCAUCAGCACUCACCGACCUCACGGUCUACUCCUCACAGACAUCCUCCAUCGUACAUCCACCAGCAUUGAAGUAUCUUUACCAAUGCACGACCGCAUCGAACUUGUCACAACACCUCUAUCACAGUCUCACCGAACUUGUGCUCGGACUCAUUGGCGAGGGUGAUCUGAGCCACAUCACAUCGGACAAUUUGCCCGUGCUCAAGAAGCUUACAUGCCAAGGAUUCACAAUGAUGAUGAACCUCGACCCUUUGGACCUGUCCACACUGCCCACCUCGCUCAAGUGGCUGAACAUCACACCAAACAAACCGAUCGAAUCAGUGCCGUGUGGAGUCGAGAGCCUAAGAAUAUCGUUCACUCAAUCAAACUUCCAGUUGCCAGACAAUCUCUUCCAACAGCCAUCCUCCAUUCGUAAAUUGCAACUCUUUGGCUAUGAGCAUCCUUUGAGGGCGGGUGAAGUGCCCGCCUCCACAAAGGUGCUGAAGCUGGUCACGUACUAUCAGAGAUUGGAUGUUGCCAGGGUGUUGAAUCCACAGACUGGACCACAACUGACAAAGUUGAAAUGGGAAGGCUAUGAAGAUGUGGACGUACAUAACUUUUUGAUGGAGUUGCCCGAGUCACUGAUCAGUUUGGAACUUGGCACAAAGAUGAUGAACCUAAGAAGAGUGUCCAAUUCAUUGUUCUUCCACACCGACUACAUCUUUACUCGAUCUGGAUUCAUCACAUUGGACACUGUCAAGUACAUGCAUUCUCCAAGAUAUUGUCCAGCGAGAUACAUCAAUCAAUGA